AUGUCUGAACACGCCGAUCCUUCCCCCAUUACAUAUGGCCUCCUUCAGUGUGAUAGUGAAGUGGGCGGGGACGCGGAUGUUAUCCUAGAGGCGAGGCAGACAUUAUUUCGGGUCCAGCUCCGUUGUCAGCCACCAGCAGAUUACGAUCAAGUUAAUACAAUUGAAGGCCAAUUCCUUUCUCGCCUUGCUGGCUCUGAGGAUGAAAACGCACUUGAUGAGUUGGGCAUCCUGCUUAGACCAUUGUGUCAACCCUUUUUCCAUACCCAUGCCCAAGUCUACGGGGACGACUUGGAAUCGCAUCUGAUAAACCCGGAGAUUAUCUUGCAGUUGGUGACCAAGGAUGGACAGUCCCGAGUGCUGGAACUCGGUCUGAUAAAGCUGAUCCUCGAACGCAUGAUCUACGAAGUCGACGUGGAUGGGACUGUUUUCAUCUGCAAAUUGGGGGGCAUGGACUAUGAUUCCUUCGCUCGCGAGUAUGACCAGGUCAAGAAGAUCCUAGACUGCCUCCACCGCAACAAGAUCAUCUGGGGAGAUGUCAAGGCAGGGAAUGUUUUGAUUGACGGUCAAAGGGAUGCGUGGGUUGUGGAUUUUGGUGGGAAAUAUACGAAAGGCUGGGUUUCUGAGGACUUGCGGGAAACCAUCGCGGGAGGCUUGGAGGGAUUACAGAGCCUGCAUCGGUUUCUACAUCUGUAG